AUGGCAGAAAAUAUUCUCAGCAUUGAAAGUUUUUUACCUAAAAAUUGUUCAUUUCAAAUUGUAGAUAUUCCAAGAAAGAAAAUUGGCAGAAUCCAACACUCUCAGAGACGAAAACUGGAACAAAAGAAUCGGGAGUUGGAGAAGGAGCGUGAUGAAGCGUUAAACAAAUCCAGGUCUUACUCUGAAUUCCUGGAAGGUAUUGUGGUGCAGAUAAAUCAUAAAAGGAACUGUAGAGAGACCAGAGCUAGUGAUGGCCUCUUGAGAAAAAGAUUAAACAUGAAAACUUGCCAGAGGAGUAUGCUGAAGCUAUGUUUGAUGAGGAUAUAGUUAGAGAAAAUGGAAAGAUAUCGAAAGAAUCUGAACCAUUGGAUAGUGUUCGAACACCAGAUGAAUCCAGUUGUGAAUUAGAAGAGUUUGAUUGAGUAUCACCAUAAAGACGACUUCUUAUAGAACCCAAUAUCUCAUCAAUCUUUUCAAUAUUU